CGGGGGGGCCCGCCGAGAAGGGGCAUCGCCCGCGGCCCCGCUCCAGCCCUGCAUGGCAGCGGGCUGCGUGCGGGCUGCCAUGGCUCUGGGGCUCUCCUCCAAGAAAGCUUCCUCCAGGAACAUCGCCGUGGAGAGGAAAAACCUCAUCACCGUCUGCAGGUUUUCAGUGAAGACUCUGCUGGAGAAAUACACGGCAGAUCCCAUCGAUGACUCUUCUGAGGAGUUUGUUAACUUUGCUGCCAUCCUUGAGCAGAUCCUCAGCCACCGCUUUAAAGGCCCCGUCAGCUGGUUCAGCUCAGAUGGGCAGCGUGGGUUUUGGGACUACAUCCGCCUGGCCUGCAGUAAGGUCCCCAACAAUUGCGUCAGCAGCAUUGAGAACAUGGAGAACAUCAGCACCUCCAGGGCCAAGGGCCGGGCUUGGAUCCGAGUGGCGCUAAUGGAGAAACGCAUGUCUGAAUACAUCUCCACAGCCCUGCGGGACACGCGGACCACCAGGCGGUUUUAUGACGACGGGGCCAUCAUGCUGCGGGAGGAAUCCACGGUGCUCACAGGGAUGCUCAUUGGGCUCAGCGCCAUUGACUUCAGCUUCUGCCUAAAGGGUGAGGUGAUGGAUGGCAAAACGCCCGUGGUCAUCGACUACACGCCCUACCUGAAGUUCACACAGAGCUAUGACUACCUGAGUGAGGAGGAGGAGCGGGGCAGUGUGGAGAGCAGCACCAGUGAGGACAGCUCCCCCGAGCACCCCUACCUGCCUCUGGUCACUGAUGAGGACAGCUGGUACAACAAGUGGCGGAAGAUGGAGCAGAAGUUUCGCAUCGUUUAUGCCCAAAAGGGGUACCUGGAGGAGCUGGUGCGGCUGCGGGAGUCGCAGCUGAAGGACCUGGAGGCAGAGAACAAGCGGCUGAAACUGCGUCUGGAGGAGGUGAUGGUGCAGAAUCAGCUGGAGAAGAGGGAGCUGGAGGGCGUCAUCCUGGAGCUACAGGAGCAGCUGACGGGGCUGAUCCCCUGUGAGAACCCGCAGCUGGCCCAGCUCUCCAAGGAGAUGGUGACACCCCUGGUGAACCAGUGGCCCUCACUGGGGACCCUCAACGGCAAUGAGAGCGGCUCGGACAGCAAGCUCUACAGGAGGCACAGCUUCGUGAGCACCGACCAGCUCUCAGCCGAGAACAGCCUCAGCUCCGACUCCCAGCGCCUGGGCGAGGGCAAGCGCGAAGGCGAGCCCUGGGGGCCCUUGGGGAAGGACCCCACACCCUCCAUGCUGGGGCUCUGUGGCUCCCUGGCCUCCCUGCCCAGCUGCAAGUCUCUGGCCAGCCUCAAGUCCAAUGAAUGCCUGGUGAGCGACAGCACCGAAGCCAGCCCAACCCGCAGCCCCAGCUGAGACCCCCGGUCCCCUCGCUGUCCCAUAGCCCAGUCACACGGCCCAGCGGCACGGCAGAGAACUGACCUCAUCUCCUCCUUCGCCACCCUGGGACCGACAAGGGACUUGCUGAAACAACUGGGGAGGCCAGAGACAAGGAUCCUCCUCCUCAUCUUGACACUCCAAACCUGCUGCACUUCGGACUCCCGGCACGGUCCCUGGCUAGAGACAUGGACCCAUUGGGAUGGGAGAUACUGGACUGGGACCCAUACUAGCCGAGGAUGGGGUGGGGGAAAUGAACUGCAUCGAGGGUGAGGGACACUGGGAGCAACUGCUGCUGGGUAGUAAAGGAGGGGGCUCAGAGGCAAACCCCUCGAUGGGCAAAGGUCCAGGCACAGCCCCGUGUUCAUCCUCCUCUGUCCUCAGGCACCCAUCCGGGCUCUGCCUGCCCUCUAGUGCCCAGCCUCUCCAGUCCCAUGCACCCCAGGGUCCCUGCUGGGGAGCGGCUGUCUCUUCUUGCAGCACCACCCUCCGAUAGGGAUAACCCUCCCUCUCCUCCUUCCCUGGGUUUCGGGUUGCUUGGGGCAAUUUUGGUUUUUAAUUCAGCCCCCUCUGCCUUGUUGGAGCAAAAGGAAUCAAUAAACACAGCAAU